ACCACUGGGGGCUCGGAACCAUCUCGGAACCAUGGCUCGUACCCGCAUCACGUGAAGCCUGCCCAGAGGGCUCGCGAUCAGUCCGCGAUCUCAACAAAACUCCUCUGCUUGCUCGGGACCCAGCCCGGAAGUCGUCACUUUGGCAACAGGAAGUAGCUGUGUUAUUCCCGCGAAGAUUGAGAGCGCUCGUCAAAGUUUACAGCGUCGUGCAGGUUACUGUCAACAUGAGUAAACGGAAACUCAAAGAUUCUCCAAUGCCAAUAGAAGAAUGCAUUUCUCAGGUGCAGACUCUGCUAAGAGAACGACUCUGCCACCAGCAGCUGCCACAGAGGCCAGAGGGAGUCGAUUCCCAACACAAGCACCUAAUGGAGCUGCUGAAGCGAACAGCUGUGCAUGGAGAGAGCAACUCUGUGCUCAUCAUUGGCCCAAGGGGAACAGGGAAGACCCUGCUGCUCCGAUGUGUGCUGGCCGAGCUUCUGGCUGAGGAGGACGUCGAUAAGACCCUCCUGCAGGUUCACCUCAACGGUCUCUUGCAGACAGACGACAGAAUAGCACUGAAGGAAAUCACGAGACAGUUGAGCCUGGAGAACGUAGUUGGGGACCAAGUGUUUGGCAGUUUUGCAGAAAAUUUGGCGUUUCUACUAGAGGCCCUUAAGAAAGGGGACCGCAGCAGCAGCCGUCCGGUGCUGUUCAUCCUGGAUGAGUUCGACCUGUUCGCCCACCACAAGAACCAGACACUGCUCUACAACCUGCUGGACGUGUCCCAGUCCGCCCAGACCCCCGUGGCUGUGGUGGGGCUCACCUGCAGACUGGAUGUGCUGGAGCUGCUGGAGAAGAGGGUGAAGUCUCGCUUCUCCCACCGGCAGAUCCACCUGCUCCCCAGCCUGAGCUUCAGCCAGUACCUGCAGGCAGUGCAGGCCCAGCUCCACCUGCCUGACACCACCUUCCCCGACACCACCUUCUGCUACGACUGGAACGCCAGCCUAAAGGCUUUGUGUGAGGACAAGUCCGUGGAGGCGGUUCUACUGAGACACUUCAACUCUACCAAGGACUUCCGCUCCCUGCAUCGGCUCCUGAUGGCGAGCCUAUGUCGUGUGAGUGUGAACAACCCCACCAUCAAGCCGGCUGACCUCCUGGACGCUAGUAGGCUUCUCUCUGCCGACGCCAUGACCAACGUUCUCCACGGCCUCUCCAUCUUGGAGCUGUGUUUGGUCAUCGCCAUGAAGCACCUGAAUGACAUCUAUGACGGGGAACCCUUCAACCUCCAGAUGGUCUACAACGAGUUUAAGAGGUUUCUGCAGAGGAAGUCUAAUUCCCUGUACAACUUUGAGCUGCCUGUAGUCAUGAAGGCCUUCGAGCACCUGCAGCAGCUGGAGGUGGUGCGUCCCGUGGACGCGGCGGCGGCGGCGGCGGCGCGGGCCCAGCGAGAGUACCAACUGGUGAGGCUCAUGCUGGACCACAGCCAGAUCAUGGAGGCGCUGCAGAAGUACCCCCAGUGCCCCACCGAUGUCAAGCAGUGGGCCGCCUCCGCCUUCGGCUAGGACCGGAGGAGGGGGGGAGAGAGGAGAGGAGAGUACUGCACCUAGGCCUUCCUAGGAGAGUUUAUUCUGGAGGCGGUUUGGCUCUUUGUGUGACGGUGCGUCACCUCAGCCAAUCACUGAGACAAUUGUACCAGCACGCAGAACGUUUCUACCAAGGAAAACCAGGAGUAAAGCUGGUGAGAUGAGUUACUGAUCAGGCUGUUGGUUGGUACACCUUCAGAGUAGGUCUUUUGUGGGGUUAUUGUGACACCGGUCCAUGGAAUACAUUGUGGGUUGUAACUAUUUAGCAGAAAAAUUUAGUUUUUUUUUACUACUUUUCCAAAUAAAUGCAUAAAAGAGCUUGUGUCUAUUGUACACUGUGAGUGUCCCAGAAUAUCGCCAUCUAGUGGGUGACUUGAUAGGAGUUAAAUUGUAAUGAUGCUGUUACUAGUUGAUACCAGCUAUCUUCAUUUUUUCUUUCAUUCCUCCUCCCUCCCCCCUCCUCCUCCUCCUCCAAGGGGAAGAAUAGGAUCAAUGUAUUUCAACCGAGAUUUGCUCAAAAGCAGCAACUCAUUUGUGUACUCAUUUCUUACACAGUGACGCCAUUUGCUUAUCUUAUAGGCCUACGUGUCAUUUCUGUGCAGAGUGCAUCUGACAUUAAGGGUUUUAUUAAGUUGAAUAAAGACCAAAACCUGUCCAAACAAGGAAUGUUGAAUGUGUGUCCAAACCAAUGUCCUCUCAUUUAAAUAAAGCUGAUUCUAGUGCUUUA